CAAUCUAAUUAAACCAGCUAACUCUCCAUUUUUUAUUCGUGAUCUAAUUAAGCCAGUUAAAUCUUCUUUCUCUUCUGUUAGCAAUCUAAUUAAACAGGCUGGUCAUACGGUCACUUUUAUACCUCAACAUAAUCAGAUAUUAAUAAUAGAUGGUUAUCUACAAGGCCCAAUAGUCUCUUUAGAUAUUUCAACAUUAAUUUGGUCAACUCUUACAAUUUCAAAUAAUGGUCUUUUACCGGGAUUGUUUUGGCAUACUUCUGCAUUAUUUGAUAAAUAUAUUUUGGUUGCAUUUG